AGAUGACGGUCCCUGCUAAAGCAAUCAGCAGUCAGUUUACAGUGGUUCUUUACAGUUUAUUAAUUAAAUUUCUGUCUACUGAUUUUAGGUCAAUUUUUUUAACAAUUAAUCAAUUUAAAUUGUGUUUGAGUGAAUUUUGUGUUUGAUAUCACUUAGCUUCUUUUGCUCACCAGGAUGUCAGCUACCGAACAAAUGCGAGCUAUGCUGGACCAAUUGAUGGGUACUGCUCGUGAAGGUGCUGAAGGAAAAAAGAAUCGAUUUCAUUUCAGUGAUCCUCGAGUGUGCAAAAGUUUUCUACUCACAUGCUGCCCUCACGACAUUCUGGCCUCCACCCGAAUGGAUCUUGGAGAAUGCCCUAAAGUUCAUGAUCUUGCUUUGAGAGCGGAUUACGAGAAAGCCUCUAUAAAUAAAGAUUAUGGGUAUGAGGUUGACGCCUUGGAACAUCUUCGAACCUUUGUUGCUGAUGCUGAUAGGAAAACGGAAUUAGCCAAAAAAAGAUUAGCAGAAACUCAGGAAGAAUUAAGUGCUGAGGUCACAUCUAAAUUAAACAAAGUACAUGAGCUAGCUGAAGCUAUUGGUAAAAAGUUAGCAGCUGCGGAAGCCUUAGGAGAAGAGGGUAAUGUUGAAAAGUCGCUUGAAUAUAUGGAGGAAGUUGAAAAAUUGAAGAAAGAAAAACAAUCAGCUGAGGUGGAUUAUCGUAAUUCAAUGCCUGCCUCAAGUUACCAGCAGCAAAAACUUCGGGUCUGCGAAGUUUGUUCAGCUUAUCUUGGUAUUCAUGAUAAUGACAGACGUUUGGCUGACCAUUUUGGAGGUAAAUUGCAUCUUGGCUUCAUCACCAUUAGAGAAAGAUUAGAAGAACUUAAAGCAAUCGUCACCGAGAAACGAAAUAAAGGAUUGUUACCCGAAAGGAAUGAUGAUAUGUCAAAUGAAAGAAGGAAUCGUCAUUCACACCGAGGCGACAGGGGUAAUAGAUACAGUGAUCGUAGCUCUAAUCGUAACCACGAACGAUCUGGUGAUCGUGUCAAUAACCAUAGGAGUAGAAGUAAUGAUAUCGAAAAAGAAAGAGAUAGAGAGAGAGGAGAGAGAGAACGGGAUAGAGAGAGAGAAAGAGAUAGGGAAAGAGAUAGAGAACAAGUAAAGCCCAGUAGGAGCAGAUCAAGGUCAAGAGAGCGUUAUCGUCGUCGCAGUCGUUCUAGGUCAAGAUCACCCAAAGGACGUCAUUCGCAUCGAUCUAGGUCCCGUUCCCGAGAAAGAAGACACGAAAGAACUGUUCGAGAGUAAAGUAUUCAACAAACAGGCGGAAGUAAUUUUUAUUGUCAGCAUAUUGAUAAAUUAUCUUGACCGGAUAAGCUCUUGUAAGCUCUUUAAUCACCAAGUUAUGUGGAUAAAUACAAGACUCAUUCUCAUUUAUAAAACGUUUGAAAUUGAAGCUCAUUCAUAAAUAUCGUAUUCAAAAGUCUGUAAUAUCAAACUUAAUUGAAUAUCAGAUUUAAUUCGUGCAUCUAUUCUUGCAAGGCAAAACUGAUAUAAAAAUACACAUUUCUUAUUUCACUCCACUAAAUAGCAAUUUGAUCAUCUUA